GACACUGUAGCUUCAUUGGUUUCAAGAAACUUAAAGUUUGGCUGUGCCUCCUUAAGGAAACCUGUUAAAGCGUAUUUUAAAGACUGUUUCUAAGUUUACAUUACAGCCGUUCAGGAGCCCGUAGCACCCAUUUAAUGUUUGUUUUUCUCUUCCCGCAGUGCCAAAGUCUCAUCAUCUCUGCGGAGGAUGCCGCAGCUUAACAAGUCCAGGAACGCCCCGGCGCCUGAUUCAUCAGGCUCGGUCCAAGCAGGAGCCGAAGCAGCCGCAACAGAGACUCCAGACUCCAGACUGUCCUGGGUGGAGAGCCAGACUGUGGGGGACGCAGGUGGAGAAGGACAGGACAAUGUUGGAGACAGCGAGAUCAUCAAGUCCCCAAGUGACCCCAAACAGUACAGGUACAUUGUAUUGGACAACGGGCUGCAGGCUCUGCUCAUUUCAGACUACAGCGGCCCAGCAUCAGAAGGUGAAGAUGAAGACGAGGAGGAAGAUGAAUCUGGAGAUGAAACAGAAGAAGAAUCCGAGGAAGAUGAUGCUGAGAAGUGCAGUGAUAGUUACGAGGAUGAUGACAAUGAAGGGACAAAGACAAAAGGAGAUGCAGAGAAGCAGUCUGCGGCAGCACUGUGUGUUGGAGUGGGAAGUUUCAGUGACCCCAGCGACCUGCCUGGCCUCGCCCACUUUCUGGAACACAUGGUGUUCAUGGGCAGCAAGAAGUACCCCUCAGAAAACGGCUUUGAUGCUUUCCUCAAGAAGCACGGAGGCAGUGACAACGCCUCUACCGACUGCGAAAGGACCGUCUUCCAGUUUGAUGUGCAGAGGAAAAACUUCAAAGAGGCUCUUGACAGAUGGGCUCAGUUCUUCAUCUGUCCCCUGAUGAUCAGAGACGCCAUCGAUAGGGAGGUAGAGGCCGUUGACAGUGAGUACCAGCUGGCUAAGCCGUCGGACUCCCACAGGAAGGAGAUGCUGUUUGGCAGUCUGGCUAAACCUGGACACCCUAUGGGCAAGUUCUGCUGGGGCAACGCCCAGACGCUGAAGCAGGAGCCAAAGAAGAAGAAGAUCAAUGUCUAUAAGCGGCUGCGUGCCUUCUGGAAGAAACACUACUCUGCCCACUACAUGACUCUGGCUGUGCAGUCAAAAGAGAAGCUGGACACUCUGGAGGAGUGGGUGAGAGAGAUCUUCAGCAAGGUGCCUAACAACGGUUUGCCCAAGCCAGAUUUCUCAGAUAUGCUGGAUCCCUUUGACACACCAGCCUUCAACAAGCUUUACAGAGUUGUUCCUGUUGGGAAAGUCCAUGCUUUGAAUAUCACCUGGGCUCUCCCCCCUCAGGAAGAACACUACAGAGUGAAGCCUCUCCACUACAUCUCUUGGCUUAUUGGCCAUGAAGGCACAGGAAGCAUCCUCUCAGUGCUCAGGAGGAAGUGCUGGGCCCUGGCUUUGUUUGGAGGAAACAGUGAAACUGGCUUUGACCAAAACACCACCUACUCCAUCUUCUCCAUCACCAUCACUCUCACCGAUGAAGGUUUCCUAAAUUUCUACCAGGUGACUCAUCUGGUGUUCCAGUACCUGAAGAUGCUUCAGACACUUGGACCACAGCAAAGAAUAUAUGAAGAAAUUCAAAAGAUUGAAGCAAAUGAGUUCCACUAUCAGGAGCAGGUUGACCCUAUAGAGUAUGUCGAGGAUAUCUGUGAGAACAUGCAGCUGUUCCCGAAAGAAGAUUUCCUGACAGGAGAUCAGCUGAUGUUUGAGUUCAACCCAGAUGUGAUCCGUGCAGCUCUAUCCUUCCUCACUCCUGAGAAAGCCAACCUGAUGCUACUGUCACCAGAACAUGAGGGCCAGUGUCCCCUCAGGGAGAAGUGGUUUGGCACACAAUAUAGCAUGGAGGACAUCCAGCAGGAGUGGAUGGAGCGCUGGAUGGGAAACCUGGAGCUUUCUGAGAACAAAUUCAUCGCCACCGACUUCGCCCUGAAGCCCUCUGACUGCCCGGACACGGAGUUUCCUGUCCGGAUGGUUGACAGCGACAGGGGCUGCCUGUGGUACAAGAAGGACAACAAAUUCAGAAUCCCAAAAGCCUACAUCAGAUUCCAUUUAAUCUCUCCUGUAAUCCAGCAGUCUGCGAAGAAUGUGGUCUUGUUCGACCUGCUGGUCAAUAUCCUAGGACACAACCUGGCAGAGCCGGCCUAUGAGGCUGAAGUGGCCCAGCUCGAUUAUAAACUGGUCGCCGGUGAACAUGGCCUGGUUAUCAAGGUCAAAGGAUUUAACCAUAAACUGCCUCUACUGUUUCACCUGAUCAUUGACCACCUGGCGGAUUUCUCUGCCUCCCCUGACGUCUUCAGCAUGUUCGCAGAGCAGCUCAAAAAAACCUACUUCAACAUCCUCAUUAAACCAGAGAAGCUCGGCAAAGACAUUCGUUUGCUGAUCUUGGAGCACUCUCGCUGGUCCAUGGUGGAGAAGUAUCAGGCUCUGUCGGCCGGUCUGAGCAGCGAUGAGCUGAUGGAGUUCAGCCGGAGCUUCAAGGCCGAGGUGUACGCUGAAGGACUAGUGCAGGGCAACCUCAGCAGCUCUGAGUCAGUGCAGUUCCUGCAGUAUGUCAAAGAUAAGUUGCAGUUCUCCAAGCUGCCAGAAGAGGUGCCAGUGAUGUUCAGAGUGGUGGAGCUUCCUCUGAGGCAUCACAUCUGUAAAGUGAAAUCACUCAACAGGGGAGACGCCAACUCUGAAGUCACUGUUUACUAUCAGUCUGGCCCUAAGGCCUUAAGGGAGCAUACACUGAUGGAACUGUUGGUGAUGCACAUGGAGGAACCCUGCUUUGACUUCCUCAGGACCAAAGAGACUCUGGGGUACCAUGUCUACCCCACCUGCAGAAACACCUCAGGCAUUCUGGGCUUCUCUGUCACUGUGGAAACACAGGCAACCAAGUUCAAUACCGAGCUGGUGGAGUUAAAGAUUGAAGAGUUCUUGGCUUCGUUUGAGGAGAAGCUCAAUGCUCUGACUGAAGAGGCCUUUAAUACUCAGGUGACUGCUUUAAUGAAGCUGAAGGAGUGUGAGGACACACACCUCGGGGAGGAGGUGGACAGGAACUGGACUGAGGUGGUUACACAGCAGUACGUGUUUGAUAGGCUCAACAGAGAGAUUGCGGCUCUAAAGCAGAUGAGCAGGGCUGAACUGGUCUCCUGGUUUCAAGAACACAGAGGACAAAACAGCCGCAAACUCAGCAUGCAUGUGGUGGGAUUUGGUGCUGAAGAGAGUGAUGAGGAAGGGGAAGAGGGCAAAGAGGAGAAUUUAUGUGGCUCAACCUAUGGUGAAGUGUCUAAGCUAACCUUCCUUCCUGCCUCUCCUAAGAUGGCAGGCGCCAUAGCCAUCAUGGACAUCCCUGCUUUCACUGAAGGCCGGCCUCUCUUCCCCUACCACAAGAUACUCGAAUAAUGUCGUGCUCAGACUGUGAGACACGUGGAUGGUUGAGCUUUGCUUUUUACUGAGCCAUGUUUGAAAAUAUGGCCCCGUUAGAGAAGAGGGCUAUGGCUGUGUGGAGGUGAAGGAAGGUUGCAGCAGCUUCAGCUCCUUUCUGGACCUAGAUUCUACCUCUGGGGUCCAGCUGUAGAAUUUACUUUAAACUGUGUGCAUAAGCAAGAAACAUGGAAGUGGUGAUAGUUUUAUUUUAGCUAAGUGAUAAUCUGCUUCCUCACUCCGUUAUUUUAUAUCAUGACACACCGAGUGUGAGAGCACUAAAUCUCUUUCUCUAGCUCACACUGACUUAAGAAUUUGAUUCAAGGAUAUUAUUUAUUUGGUUCCCUGAGUUCUGCUGCUGUUACAGUACUAUCUUUUCCACUGUUUUGUUUUAGAGCCCUGUGUUUAAUGCAGUCAGAAACACAAAUCAACCGGGAAAACUGCCAAAAUGCUGAGUCCUUUGAAUUCCAGAUGUGUGUGUGUUCUUUUUUUUCUUCCCGAGUGUGUGGUGGAUUUCAUGGUCUGCUGUGUACUGCUGCUGUUACCUCACCUUGAUCAUACAGUGUUAUGAAACUGAGCAAAGAAAUAAAUCAGUGAGUGAAGGGAUGAAGCGAUGCACUACCUGCAGUAAACUACUGUAUCAAGUCAUCAUAGUAAAAGUACACUCAGACAAAAUAAGCUGAAAAUCUGUUUGUUUGUGUAUUUUCUCUGCCAACUCAUAUUAAAAGUAGUGGGAAUUUACAUUUACAGUA